AUGUCACACACACAGAGAGAUGAGGCCUUGGCCCAAGAUGGCAUCGAGCCUAUGGCCAUCAUUGGUAUGUCUGCCCGGUAUCCAGGUGAAGCCUCAACACCAGCGGGCUUCUGGGAGAUGAUCAGCAAUGGACGAAGCGCGCACACCGAGGUGCCUGCUGAUCGAUGGAACGCGGAUUCCUGGUAUCACCCCGACCAGGACCGCAAGGGCACAACCAAUGUCAAGACGGGCUGUUUCCUUGAAGAGGACGUCUCACUCUUCGAUGCUCCUUUCUUCUCUAUGACUGCCCAGGAGGCAGCUGGUAUGGACCCAAUGCAGCGACUCAUGCUAGAAGUAGCGUAUGAGAGUCUGGAAAAUGCAGGUAUUCCCAUGCAAAGUCUUCCCGGAACGAUGACCAGUGUUUACUGUGGAUGUUUCACGGGAGACUACGGCGACCUGGCCAACAGCGAUAUUUACGACGCAGCUCCUUACCAGGCCACAGGUAAGGGUAAGGCAAUGCUUUCCAACCGAGUAUCAUGGUUCUUUGACCUGCGAGGCUCGUCAUUCACCGUGGACACUGCGUGCAGUUCCAGUUUGUACGCUCUGCACCUGGCGUGCCAGUCCCUGCGAUUGAAGGAAUCAAAGAUGGCCAUCGUGGGUGGAACAAACUUGAUCCUCACACCCGACAUGAUGCAUUCCUUGACUGCGCAACGAUUCCUCAGCCCAGAUGGCGUCAGUCAUUCGUUUGAUGCCAGAGCCAACGGUUACGGCCGCGGAGAAGGUAUUGGAGCGAUCAUUAUCAAGCCCCUGCGUGAUGCUCUGGCAGAUGGUGAUACUAUUCGUGCUGUCAUUCGUGGUAGUGGACUCAACCAGGAUGGUAGAACACCUGGUAUUACUAUGCCGGCGGCAGCUGCCCAAGCCGACCUGAUCCGUACUGCGUACGCUGAUGCCGGCCUCUCCCUGGCGGAUACUGGCUUUUUCCAGGCUCAUGGAACUGGAACUGCGUUGGGAGAUCCAAUCGAGUUAUCUGCGAUUGGUGCCACAUUUGGCAAGGCCCGUCUUCCAGACCAGCCUCCACUCUAUGUCAGCUCUAUCAAGACGAAUAUUGGCCACACAGAGGGUGCUUCUGGUCUGGCUGGUGUGAUCGCCACUGUUUUGAGUUUGGAGCAGGGAUGUAUCCCUCCAAAUGCUGGCUGGGAGACCUUGAACCCAAAGCUGCGUCUCGACGACUGGGGCGUGGCAUUGCCACCUAAAUGCAUCCCGUGGCCGACGGAAGGCCUGCGAAGAGCUAGUGUCAACUCGUUCGGAUACGGUGGUGCCAAUGCGCACGUCAUUCUUGACGACGCGUACAAUUAUCUCACCAGCCGGGGACUGGCUGGCAACCAUCAAACAUCAGUGAUCAGUCCCCUGCAAGAAGCUGAUUCAGGAUUCAACUCUGGCGAGGCAUCUGGCGAAGCAUCUGAGAAUGAAGAUUAUAGCGAAGAUUCGGAGAGACAACAUCUCUUUAACUUCUCGGCAUUUGACCAGCCGGCCCUCAAACGUAUGGUGGAAGUCUUUGCCGACUCAAUCGAUCAGCAGAUGAAGUCUUCCAAGAGCAUGACUCCUGCACAGGAACUGCAGGUGAUGCAGAACCGUAUGCAGGACAUGGCCCACACUCUCGCAACUCGCCGCACUAUCUUCAGCUACCGCAGCUUUGCCACCGCUAGCUCGCUGGAGGAUCUCGUCGAGGUCCUUCGCGAUGGACUGCCAAAGUUCGGUCGAGUCUCAAAGGCAGACAAUGUGAUUUGGGUUUUCACUGGCCAAGGUGCCCAGUGGCCGACUAUGGGUCGGGAACUGAUCUCGCAUCUGGCUUUCCGGUCUAGUUUGGAGAAGACACAGGCCGCUUUGGAGAGCUGCGGUUGCUCUUGGAACGUUUUUGAAGAGCUCAACGUGACCAGCAGCAAGCGGCUGGAUAGCCCUACUUUCAGCCAGCCUAUUUGCACCGCUGUGCAACUCGGGUUGAUUCAUUUGAUGAGACACUGGGGUGUGCAGCCCAAGGCAGUGAUUGGUCAUUCCAGUGGUGAAAUUGCUGCGGCAUACGCUGCCGGUGCAAUCUCCCACGAAGACGCCGUCAAGAUUGCGUACCAUCGUGGAGUUUACUCUGCUGAUGUCGGCAAUCGACAGGAAGGCCUUUCUGGAGGCAUGUUGGCCGCUGGACUGAGUCCCGAAGAAGCCCAACCGUACCUUGAUCGCGUUGUGGAAGGAUCUGCAACAAUUGCCUGUUACAAUUCCCCCAGCAGUGUUACCAUCUCCGGAGACCAGAGUGCCAUUGUGCAGCUCGAAGCUGAGAUGAAGAAGGAUCAGAAGUUUGCCAGACAGCUGCGUGUUCAAACUGCCUACCACUCUUCUCACAUGAACCUUGUUGCAGAUGACUACAAGACCGCCAUGGGUGACAUUCAGCAGUUGCCCAAGUCCACCAACUCUGUUGCUAUGUUCUCUUCCGUCACUGGCGCAUUGAUUGACCCGUCUGAGCUGGGUACCUCAUACUGGGUGCAGAACAUGGUUCAGCCGGUGAGAUUCGCCGAAGCUAUGAAGUCGCUUCUGUCCUAUGCGCCUGCAGCCAGAGGCCGUCGCCGUGCCACUCCAGUGGAAUACAGUGCUGUCGUUGAGCUUGGACCCCACGAGGCCCUGAAAGGACCUGUCAAUCAAAUUGUCAGCGACUUCAACAGCAAGCUUGCGUCCACUAUCACCUACACUUCUGCCCUGAGACGUGGUCAAGAUGCCCAGGCGACGGCGCUCGAGGCUGUAGGAACACUCUGGAGUAUUGGACACGCCGUGGACAUGGCCAAGGUCAACCACAUCGACGAAGAAUACAAACCCAAAGUCCUGAUUGAUUUGCCUACCUACCCAUGGAAUCAUGACAAGGGCUUCUGGCACGAGUCAUACAGCAGCAAGUCCAAGCGAUUCCAGAAGUACCCCAGGACCGACCUUCUUGGAGCCCCUGUUCACGACCAGAACCCCAUGUCGCCUCGUUGGAGAAACAUUCUGCGCAUUCCCGAGAACCCCUGGUUGCAGGACCACAAUAUUCAAGGCUCGAUUCUGUUCCCAGCCGCUGGUAUGUUGGCCAUGGUCAUUGAAGCUGCGAAGCAAAUCGCAGAGGACCGGAACCCUAAAGGCUUUGAGCUGCGCAAUGUCCGAUUCGACCGCGGACUGGUCAUCCCUUCAGCGGAACAGUCCAUUGAAACCACCCUUCACCUGCACCCAUUGGAUGCAGAGGACGCCGAAAAGGCAUCAUGGUACAAGUUCCAGCUUUUCUCCUGCUCAUCCACUGGAUCAUGGACGGAACACUCCUCAGGAACCGUAAGAAUGAUGUGGGAGAGCAACAACAGCGCAGAAAGCAAGUCCGAGUGGACAUCUUGCCAGGCCAAGUAUUCAGCGAUUCAAGAAAUCUCCACCCAAACCAGUGUUCGAGCUUUCUACAAUGGUCUUGAUGCAGUGGGUAUGCACUACGGGCCCAGUUUCAAGAACAUGACCGAGGCCCAUGCCCAUGGUGCAACCCGCUCUGCGCACGGAACAAUCACUAUCCCUGAUACCAAGAGUGUGAUGCCGAAUCAGUUUGAGUUCCCUCAUGUCAUUCACCCUGCUACAUUGGAUGCGAUGUUCCAUCUUCUAUUUGUCGGUGAUACUGGUGGUAACCCCAUGCGGGAGGCGUUCGUUCCCGUUUCGCUGGAGCGAAUGUUUGUUUCCUCUGACAUUACUUCUGUUGCUGGGGUUGAGCUCAAGGGUUACACCCAGUGUUGUUCGAAGACGCAGCGUGAGACCGUUGGAACUGUAGUCAUGUCCGGUGCUGACUUCACCAAGCCCGGUCUAACGAUUGAAGGCUUUGUUGCUCGCGAGGUCAGCUCAUCGACUGGACCGGUUGAGCCCAUGAACUCCAUGAGCGAGUCGCAGGCUCCCAAGCGAACUGGACAUCUUCACUGGGUGGAGGACAUUGCUCACUGGAAGGGCGAUGCUGUUGUGGAUAGCCUGAAGGCUACCCAGCGGAUCACCGCACAGAUGAGCAGCUGGCUUGAGCGACUGUGUCACAAGGAAGCAGAGCUCAAUGUGCUGGUGAUCGGCUCCCAACUAACAGAGGUUGUUCGCCAGUGGGCUCCGAUGAACGGACGUCGCUUCUGUUUCCGGAGGUGCACUAUCGCUGCGCCCACACAAGCUGACCUUGAUUCCAUCAAGGAGGCUCUUUCAGACAAGGAAUAUCAGGUGGAAUACAUGAGGCUCGAUCUUGCCGAAGAGUCGACCCCUGAAACCCCUCGUUUCGAUCUCGUCUUGUCUAGCACAACUCCUCAAGUCGGCUUAGGCCCGGAGAAGAGUCUGGAGUCCCUCCAGUCAUUGCUGAACCCUGCCGGUCGUGUCAUCUUCGGAGGAGAUGCCAACUCAGAGCUGGGAGAUGUUUCGGCAUGGAACAAGGCUCUCACCACUGCUAGCUUCGAACAAUCCCAGGUCUAUCACAGUACCGCAGACACCACUAUGAUUGUCUCAUCUACAGCGGAACAAGACACCGAAAAGCCCAAGGAAAUUGCCAUUCUUGAAGCUCCCGAUAUGACUCCUGCUCUCCGGACCCUCAAAGCAAACAUUGAGGAAAUCGUUCAAUCACAGGGCAUUGCCGUCUCAACUGUCAAACUGGAGGACAGCUCCAGCUUCACCGACAAGUGGGUGAUCUCUUUGGUUGAAGUCGAGAAGCCUUUCAUCAUGGGAUGGAGCGAGGAGAACCUGCAGCAGUUCCAGGCCCUGGCUACAUCAGCGGAGUACGUUCUGUGGCUUACUCGCGGUGGACAGCUCUUGGACUCGCCGAACAUCGACUGGAGUCUGACCACCGGUCUUUUGCGUACAUUGCGCGUUGAGAUGGCGAAGCUGUCAAUUCCUCACCUGGACCUAUCUCCCAAGCUUGAUCUCACCUCUUCCCGUGCUGUGGAAGUUAUCAUGUCUUGCUUUAACGCCUCGUCGCCAAACAAGUCAUAUGAGCCUGAGAUGGAAUAUGCCGAGAAAGAUGGCACCAUCUAUAUCCCUCGCUUCAAGAGCAACAACAGCUUUGACCAUGAAAUUGAUCGUCACUCUGCUCAAUCCAAGUCUUUGAUGCAGAAGCUUGACGCUCAGGACCGGGCUUUGAAAAUCUCAACUGGAAAGACGGGUCUUCUGAGCGAUCUCCGUUGGACGGACGAUGAGCUGAUCAGCACUUCUCUCGGGGAUAAUGAUGUCGAGUUUAAGACCCAGUACGUUGGUCUUGAACAGGCUGAUGUCACUGUUGCAAAGGGCUCGAGCCAGUGCACUACUCUUGGUCGCCAGGCAGGUGGAGUCAUCACCCGAGUUGGCGCAAACGUCACUCGCUUCCAGAUCGGCCAAAAGGUUGUUGCUGUUCGAUCUGAGGCCUGUCGCAUGUUCAACCGCCAAUCCCAGGACUUUGUCCAGGCCGUGCCUGACCAUGUGAGCUUGGAGAAUGCGGUUGCUACAUUCAGAGCGUAUGCCACUGCGUAUUACGCGCUGGUCAAUUUGGCCCAUUUGCAGUGCUCCGAGACUAUCCUCAUCCAUGGUGCUGACGGAGAGCAAGGUAAGGCGGCUAUCCAUCUGAGUCGCUACUUCGGAGCAAAGGUCUUUGCUACCGUGGGAUCUGAAGAGCAAAGAGAAAUCAUCGCCAAGGAGUAUUCUCUCCCGCAAGAUCGCGUCUUCAACUCGAACAGUGGAUCUUUCGCUCACUCCGUGCUCCGUGCUACCAAUGGUGAAGGUGUUGAUGUGGUUCUGAGCUUGGUGGACCACGACUCUGCGCCGCAGGAGCGUCUUUGCGUUGGCGAUUUCGGCCGCUUCGUUGGAUUGGCUGGCCGAGGUAAGAGCUCUCUUUUCUAUAUGCCAGAUCAAGCUAACAUGAUUUCAGACCACUCUUCCUACAGUGGACUUUCCACUAUGCAGCAGAGAAACGUCGUCUUUGCCACCCUCGACAUGGAAGUAGUCGAGAAAAGCCGACCUCGCGUGGUAUCGGACAUUCUGGCGAAGAUCGGAGCACUGCUUGAUGCCGACCUCAUCAAAUCCAUUCCCGCCGCUGAGAUAUACCCCGUAUGCGAUAUUGAAAAGGCUUUGGUUGCGAUUGACAAGCGCAUAGCCACAGGCAAAGUUAUCUUGGAUUUGGCCGAUCAGUCACCCGUGCCUGUGAUUCUGCCUCGACUGGCCUCCCUCCAACUCGACCCUGAAGCUACAUACAUUCUCAGUGGAGGUCUCGGAGGUCUGGGACCCAGUGUCGCAGAAAUGAUGAUUAGCCACGGUGCCCGUCAUCUGGUGUUCCUUUCUCGCUCCGGGUCCAAGUCCGCCGAGGCACAGGAGCAUCUCCGUCGGCUGAGUGGGCUGGGAUGCAAGGCAGAAGCAUUUGCCUGUGACAUUGGUACCCUUUCUUCUGUGGAGUCGGUGCAACAGCUCGGCACAGAGAAGGGGUGGAAGAUCCGUGGUGUCGUGCAGUGCGCCAUGGUUCUGCGGGACAGCACAUUCGAGAACAUGACACACCAGAAAUGGACCGAGUCCAUUCAACCCAAGAUUUACGGCAGUUGGAAUCUGCACCAGGUGUUCGGUAACCAACCUUUGGAUUUCUUCAUCAUGCUUUCUUCUGUGUCAGGUGUCAUUGGAAACCCAGCUCAGGGUAACUACACCGCUGGAAACACCUACCAGGAUGGAUUGGCGCUCUACCGACACCAACAAGGCCUCCCCGGUACUGCACUUGCAGUUGGUGCGGUGAUGGACGUGGGUGCUUUCGCUGACAACUCCUACUUCGAGAACUUCCUUGAGAAAUUCGAGCACCUGGCAUCCUUGACUGUCAAGAUCGAGGAAGUCAUGAUUAUUCUGCAGACACUGAUGAAGGGUCAGACUGAGGAUGGAGUGACCGUGCCUCCACUUUUGGCCAUGGGUUUCACCGAAGAGCUCAAGCGUGAUGGAAACAUCACAAGUCUGUGGCCUAAGGAUCGCAAGUUCGACCACCGUAUCGAGCUGCCCGAGGAUGGUGACGCCAACGCUGGUGGGGACAAAGUGCGCCUUGCCGAUCUGAUCGGCCAGGUCACUGAUCUUACCGAGGCAGGAAAGGUGGUCGAGGAGGCCCUGAAGGCUAACCUUGCAAACGCCAUGACAGCCUCUCCAGAGGAUGUUGACGCUGACAAGCCACUCCACGCCUACGGUGUGGACAGUUUGAAAGCCGUUGAAGUUCGCAACUGGCUCUUCCGAGAGUUGAAAUGCGAUAUUUCUGUCUUCGACAUUCUCAGCCCCAUGUCAUUGGCUAAGCUGAGUGUGAACAUUGCUGAAAAGAGCAAGUUCCUCCCUGAGAGCAUCAAGCGAGGAGACCAAUUUGAGUAA